CUGUUGGGCCGAGGAGCCGCGGCUGCAGAGGGAUGGCCGGGGCGGCCGGAGGGUUCUCGGAGGAGCAAUUCCGGGAGGCCUGCGCCGAGCUCAGGCAUCCCGUGUUGGCCGUCGCCGGAUGGGAGCUGCUGGUGGAGGCCAUGGGCAUUAGCAUCUACCGGCUGCGGGACCAGGUAGCGGCCGGCCCGCUGGAGGACCGCGGGGCGCCGGGGCCACCGUCCCCGCGGGGAGUGUGGGGCUGUGGCCGCGGAGUCAGGACCGGGGCAGGUCUUCUGGAGCUGGGACAGCGAGCGCAGGGGCGAUGCCUCCCGCUGACGUGCCCGGGGCAGAUCCUGAGGAAGUGGCAAGCUAUUUCAACUGCACUGAAGAGUCCGAUGGCCCGGGUUCUUGGUCAGCGUAAGAGAGGAAUUCAGACCCCGACACAACAGCAGCAGCAGGAAAGCAAAGAUUUAUCAGAAGAAAGCUCCUUAGAACUCUAUGAAAAAGAAUGCAAUGGACAGACCAUGGUCUACUUGCAAGUGAGGUGCCCUUUUUCUAAGCCCAACAGAGAUUACGUCUACAUUCGGGAGAGGCGAGAGCUGGACGUGGAAGGGCGGAAGAUCUAUGUGGUCCUGGCCCAGAGCACCUCCCAUCCAGAGUUUCCCGAGAGGUCCGGUGUGAUCCGGGUGACGCAGUACAAGGAGAGUCUGGUGCUCACGAGCGAUGGCGGGAACGGGAGCAAAGUUUUCAUGUAUUACUUCGAUAACCUGGGUGGCGAAAUUCUGACCCGGCUCAUUAACUGGGCUGCCAAGAAAGGGGUUCCUGAAUUCUUGAAAGACCUGGCGAAAGCCUGUCGGAACUACCCCGGGAGAACCUAA